AUGCUGCAACCACUGGCGAUACAUUCAGGGCUAGAGGCUAUCCUAGCAUCAAGAUCAUCGCCUGCUGAUAUCGCAUUGAUCGUUUUGAAUGAAAGUGGAGCACUCUAUGCACAAGCACAUCUAGAUGCAAUUCAAUCAAACUCCAAAGAUCAUGCAGGACCAUCAAAAGUACAACAAACGCCUGUCAAACGAGCCCAGAACGAAGUCGAACGUCAACAGAGACAGAGACAGCCAGGAUUAGCAUCACUCAUGUCAAUCGAUGCAGGAAAACGAUACAAAGAUGACAAAAGCAAAUCAGAGGAUGAAGAUGCCACUAAACAAGAUUCACUGCCCAUCAACCUUACUCGUGAUGAGCGUGCUCGUGUUUUGGGAGGUAGGGCUUGUCAAGCCUGGACUGAAGAAGCAGCCAGAGUAAGACGAAUGCAUGCAACUGCAACUGGUAGAUUUUCAGCGAUUGCAUCCUCAACCGGUCCAUCUGUCAUUAGUGGCGGCGGUAGUAGUAGUGCGGCAGGAUCUGCAGGUGGAUCAAAGAUUACGCCUCUGACGAGAUUUGAUGAACAAGCCCAGAAAGCAGCUUCAGCAGCUGGCGACGAAGGUGCAGCAACGAACAGUGGCUCUAGAAGCAUGCAGACUGCCAACUCUACCACUUCAAACGGUGAUAGGGACGGAGCUGCGAUUGCUGUUGAGGAUGAAGCCGAUACUCAGGAGGGAAUUGCAUUGCCAAUGGCCAUUCUUGGAAUGCCUUUACAGCCUGACGUUGAAGGACCAGAUGUUGCACCUUUGUUGCUCGAAGAUGAAUUGGGAGCAACUUUGGUUUUACCUCUAUUGCCCUUAGGUGCACUUGCACCUGAAACACAAUCACCAAUUUCACCAUACAAUCCAUCUCAUGCAAUUUUGCUUUUGGUUCUUUCUACUCGAUCAAACGUGAACAAGUCCACACCUACCCAAACAGGCUCAGCAUUAGCCAAUAGCACACUUUCACAAGAUGAAUGGAAUCAAAUGCAUGAUUGUGCACAAGCAUUUGCAAGCUUUAUUAGUCCUGCCUUACGAAAAGCAUUUGGAACACGAGGUGAACUGUUACCUGAUGAUCAUCCGGGCAUCGUUGCACCAGGUGGAACGACGAUCUUUUCUGAUGAUCGAGAAAGUCUAGCAAGUGCAGAUGUUUCGCAUGCUGUGUAG